AAGUAGUACAUGUUAAAAUUGCAAUGCAGUAUUAUGGAAUAAACAAUGCUAGUAAAUGAGGCAAAGCUAUGUGAUUAGCUAUCUAGUUGCUAGGUUAAUUAUAACGUUAUAAAUAUGUUUGCAAAUAUUCAGCUAAUAUUAGACUGACUUAGACUAACAGACUGACACGAUAACACGAUGCAGAAUUUGCAGGUUUGAAUGUUGUUACAGAUACGUCAGUCUGUGCACUUGUGUUUUCAGAGUGACGAGGACGAUGUGUCACAAAGUUCGCAGCGUUUGAGCCGAGGCAGGUCCGGUGGACGGUCGAGAGGACAAGCAAGAGGGUUCAGGGUACGAGGCAGAGGCCGAGGCCGAGGAACACGAGCUGUAGCUUCCAGAGCUGAGCACUCGGAUAGAGUUGAACAGUAUCGCCGUGACCGUUUGGCUGCCACACAGAGACUUCUUGAUGACAUGACUGCUGAGGACCUAAGAAGGCUUGCAUCACAGCUCGUCGUAAGGCAACCAGGCCUGAUUUUUGAUCUUCUGUUGCAACAGAGCAAUUCAAGCGUCUCAGAGGCAGCUGGAGUCCCAGGAAUGCCCUGGUGUACUUGUGGGUUAUGCAGGGAGAUGCCAACCGACAGGGAGAGGAUCUGCUGUGGUCAGACACCAGCUAAUUGCAUCAGCAAGCUACCACAUUUUACCCAAUAUUGCCUUGAUGAAGGAUAUCUUAGGAUACAUAGGCAUUAUCGAGAAGAUGUGACAGCACUUGGCCAUGCAACAGAGCCAGGUGAUGAGAACAGGCAGUACCGGUAUGCCGCCUAUAGGCAUUUCAUAUAAUGGAAGCACGGCUCCCUGGGAGCAGGAAAUCGGCGUGUCAUCCCCAGUUGUUGUGUGUGGGCUAUUAGAGAAAAGUUUCCUGAUCCACACAGACAGUACACCGGUUUUGUUCCUGGCAUAUGAUUGUGUUUUUAGG